AUUCACUCUCGCUUUUCCACUGGCCGCUGCUGCAUGUGCGUUCUUGUACGGAUUUGCCAUGAAAUAAUUUUGAUUUUAAUCUUCAUUCUGAAUGCGUGAUAAUUUUUACAAGCUUUAGUGCUCGUUGCGAAAGACCACAUAUUUGCACUGAGAUCUCACAACAGCACAAAGUUAGCUGCUCACAACAGUCGACGGAAAGAGUGCAGCUAGGAUGGAGGUAGAGCUGGAGGCCCAAGUCAAGAAACUUUUGUCAAACGAGUCAAAACAGAAUGGAGAUGUUCAAAUUAUCAGCAACAACAACAACAAUUCCAAAUUAUCCAUGAAAAUCGAAGUUGACGAGGAGAAUUUCAAAAACAACGUCAAAAGCAAAUUGGACAUUUCUGAGGACGAGCUCGAGCCUGGAGAAAAAACUCUCCACUACGGACUUGAAGACAAUCCACCCUGGUACACUUGCAUCAUACUGGGUUUCCAGCACUAUGUCACGUUUGUAGUUGGCAUUGUUUCGGUGCCCGUCGUCAUGUGUCCCAAACUGUGCAUGUUGGAGGACGACGCGGCCAGAGGCGAGCUCGUAUCAACCCUUAUUUUCGUCUCAGGUCUCGUUACAAUUAUGCAAACGACCAUCGGGGUUCGACUUCCGAUCGUUCAAGGCAGCUCUUUUGGCUUUUUGGCGCCGGCCCUGGCGUUGCUCAACCUGCCGAAGUGGCAAUGCCCGCCGCAGGAGCAGAUUCUGCAGAUGAGUUUGGAGGAUCGGCGAGCUUUGUGGCAAGUGCGCGUCAACGAGGUUUCCGGCGCCAUCCUCAUCGCCUCCUUGUUUCAAAUGGCCAUCGGAUACUUGGGGCUCAUUGGUUUGGUCCUCAAGUACAUAACGCCCCUGACCAUCGCCCCGACCGUGGCUCUGAUCGGAUUGUGUUUGUUCGACGCGGCUGCUCGCGAGGCGUCCGGCAACUGGUGGAUCGCGGCUGGAACGAUAGCCUUGUUGACCUUGUUCUCCUUGUACAUGAGAUUCCUCGAGGUGCCGCUGCCGCAAUGGGGCAAAAAGAAAAUCGGCGAAAAUAAAAAGAGGAAGACGUUCCCGUUCUUCCAAAUAUUUCCUGUCUUGACUGCCAUGGUGAUUAUGUGGAUUGUGUGCGGCCUUUUGACUGCGACGGGAAUCUUGCCUGAGGAAAAUCUGGCGAGGACCGACUCGAAAUUGAAAAUUUUGCAAGAGGCCCCGUGGUUUCACUUUCCAUAUCCAGGACAAUGGGGUUCCCCAACCAUAAGUGCAGCAGCAGUUUUUGGCAUGUUGGCCGGAGUAAUCGCAGGAGCCAUCGAGUCGGUCGGCGAUUAUUACGCCUGUGCCCAAUUUUGUGAGGCGCCGCCACCACCAAUCCACGCCGUCAACAGGGGCAUCGGCACUGAAGGCCUCGGCUGCCUGAUCGCGGGCAUUUGGGGCACCGGCAACGGCACCACCAGCUUCAGCCAGAACAUCGGCGCCAUCGGAGUGACCAAAGUGGGCAGUCGAAGGGUCGUUCAGUACGCCGGGGUCAUCAUGCUGACCCUGGGCGCCUUCAGCAAGGUCGGCGCCUUUUUCGUCACGAUCCCUUCGCCCAUUAUCGGCGGCGUUUUCUGCAUUACUUUUGGAAUGGUCACUGCAGUUGGAAUAUCUACUUUGCACUUUGUCUCGUUGAAGUCCUUCCGGAACAUGUACAUCAUUGGUUUUUCCAUUUUCUUUGCCUUGGUUCUGCCAAGGUGGAUGGAGAAGAAUCCUGAUGUUAUCAAAACAGGAAGUGAAUUCAUUGAUCAACUCUGCACUGUAUUGCUCAGCACAAGCAUGUUUGUGGGAGGCCUCAUUGGAUUCGUUUUGGACAAUACUGUGCCAGGCACGGAUGAGGAACGAGGAUUGACAAAAUGGAAUAAACACCACGAUGCGGAAGGUCUUGUCGAAAAGGACACGCCAACAUGUUACGAUUUGCCAUUUGGCAUGGAUUAUAUCAGAAAAGCAAAAUGGACCAGCUAUUUGCCUUUCAUGCCAACAUUCCGAAAACACUAACAAGUUAAUUCAUCUAGAAUAGUUUCAGGAAUUUUUGAGCUACCUCUAGAAAAGGGUUUUGGGCAGGAAACUUUCUUUUUCAAUUUUGUAAAACUAUUGAUUUGUAGAGAAUAAAAAGUUCAUCCUACCUUUUAGUUGUGCCGUCCGUGCAUCCUGAUGAAGGUGGCGGCUUCUUUUUCCUUUUCCUCUCUCUCGAAUUCAUACUCGUCGAUGAAAACCCUGAUCGAUUCCCACAGGCGGUUCAGUUUUUCCUCUUCUCUGUGGCGCAAAUCCAUGCCGACCAAAUGCCUCAAGUUGAAAAACUCAGCCGGUCUUGAUUCCUUCGGUAGCAUGGACGCAUAUUCUGUU